AUGGCCGCGCCGAUCCUGCGAUACCUGAUGCCGUCUCUGGCACGGCGGCCAGCCAUGCCGUCCAUCGCCAUCAAGAAGACGGCGACCGCCGCCCCUAUCACACCACGAUCCUUCUCGACGACGCCGACGCCUCAAGCGACCCUGAACCAGGUACUACAGAAGUGCCGCACGGGCAAGCGCGCUCGCCAUCACACAUCCCCGGCGCUGGCGGACACGCAGUGCCCGCAGCAGAAGGGCGUGUGCCUCAAGGUGGGCAUCACGCGGCCCAAGAAGCCCAACUCGGGCGAGCGCAAGACGGCGCGUGUGCGCCUGAGCUCCGGCCGGCAGAUCACCGCUUACAUCCCCGGCGAGGGCCACAACAUCCAGCAGCACAGCGUCGUGCUCGUCAGGGGCGGCCGCAGUCAGGAUUGUCCCGGUGUGCGGUACCACCUGGUCCGAGGAGCAUUGGACUUGGGUGGUGUCGCCAACCGUAUGUCAAGUCGAAGCAAGUAUGGAACGAAGAAGCCCAAGAAGGCAUCUGUGUCAUAG